GAUCCGUUACGACUCUACUUUUAGUCUACGCUGAUCAUGUGACUCUGUAAAAAGUUAGGCACAUUUUGACGCGGGGUUUUAUGAAACGUAAACAAAUCAUGGUGGGUCGAAAAAAUACUCCCGAAUCAAAGGGCAAGUAUUGGUGUGUUGUACCAGGGUGCAAUUCCGAUUCAAGAAAGAAAAAUAAACUAGAUAAAUAUCCUUGGAUGGAGGAUGUCUCCUUUGAACCCUUCCCAACGAAACGCAAAGAGCCAAAACUUCGAGCGAAAUGGAUCACCAUGAUACGGCGCCCCAAAGAAUAUGAACCUUUAGCUCAUCACAGAGUUUGCACGAAACAUUUCGUAGGAAAUUGUCGCUCAGAAAAUCAUACAAUCCCAGAACUUUUCCCAUGGAAUAAUUACAAAUCAGUAUCUACAACAAAACCCCUGUCUAUUGAGAAGCGAGAACGAGCAAUGGAGCAAAGUGCAACAGCACCUGCAUUCCAAGACAAGGAAAACUCAGGUAUGACAAAUGUAAAUAUAUGGGCCAACCCUACAUAAAGACAACAGCUAAAAGUAUACAAAUUACUUAUCAUUAAUGUAUGCAUUUUUGAGCUAAGAUCACCUUUAUCAGCUGUUCAUAUCAGACAUAGGUCCAGUCUUAGCACAAUUAUUUAUUAUUCACCUGAUAUCCAUCUUAAUUUGAUAUGAUUACAUGUGUAUAACUAACAUCUGAGGUUACCAUCUUUUCCAAAUACACAUUACCUGGUAAGAACAUCAUAUGCAGGGUUGUCCCCAAGGAUUUGAAAUAGUGGGUUGCAUUUAAAAAAUAGAAGGAAAACUUGGGGUUACUCCUCUAACAGUAAAUUGAGGGACAAUCCCAAAAUAACCAGGGCAUCAUAUGCCACUAAUUUGACUAAAGGGGAGAAUCCCCUGGCUCUCAGGUCUUAGGGACAGCCCUGUAAUAUGGAAUGAAUUUAUUGUAAAUAGAGCUGUCCUCAUAAUAAUCACCCAUGCAGUGUACAUUCAAUGAAGUUCUUUUGGACUAGUAAUAAAAAACUAUCUUUUACAGACCCAGCACAUAUGCUGCAAGUAUCAUCGUCAUCUCAGCAGCACGUACCAGUAGACAUAAGUGUGGGCCUGCCAUUUGCUGUGUAUGAAACAGUUGUAGAGUCUUGCAAACUUUCAGAGUCAGCACCAUCCACAACUACUGAAACAGAUCACAGCUACAGCAGACCACUUGUAGACAGGUUUCUAACAACCAGUGAUGAUGUUGAAGAUAAAGGUACACAGACAGACCUCACUUCUGAAGACAUGAACAACACUUCGAGAGAAAAUGAACAAUUAAAGGCAAAACUCAGUGAUAAAGAUGCACUUCUCAGAAACCUGUUCAUUGAAAAAGUAACCAAAAAUGACAAAUCUAUCCAACAAUAUACUGGGUUACCAAAUUUAGAAACUUUUAAUAAAAUUAGUGACUUAACAUUAAAGUAUGAACCAAAUUUGAAAUACUGGACCGGUGAACAUAGCGAAAACGAAAAAAGCUAUCAAAAUAGAGGGAAUAAGCCCGGUCCAUCUAGAAAGCUAUCAAGAUUUCAUUUUCUGACCAUCCCGAGAACUAGUGAAGAAGUUCAUGCCAAAAUCUUUUUACAAAUUUCCAAGGACCAGAGCUAUCAUAGACUGUUCAGAGAUUUUCAUUCAGAGACCCAGGGACCCCUCUAUUAUGUGUCACCGGGAGACGAGAUUAUGGCUGACCGGGGUUUCACCAUUCGAGAUUUACUUACAGAGAGACAUGCUUAUCUGAAUAUACCACCAUUUACUCGUGCAUUCUUUUGUAACUUAAAGAAACCUCUUGUAACCAAGUGA